AAUUUUGUUCAGUGUGAAAAACGCAUUCUAUGAAAUACUAUUGGGCGUGCGUGCGUGCAGGUACCGCGCGGGCAGGUUAAACGCGAUGGCGGUGCAGGUGCAUCAAGAAAGCACGGAUACGGUCCGCGGUCUAUAUUUGAAUAGUGUCACUGCACUGUAGCCAGUGGUCAUUGUAUUUGAUUAGUGAAUUUAUACGGUAACUUCCCUAUCUCUCAGCCCACCAGAGCUUCCGUAUUAACUGAGUUUCUCAGUCUACCCUGGCUGGAUUUUUGACUUUGUAAAGCUAUGCGGUCAAUUCCGGAGGAGUUAACGACGCUUAUUUCAGAUCUUGAAGAUUUCCUCUUCGAUGGUCUGAAAGGAGAGAAUUUGAGUAAGAAGGCAAAGGAGAAAAGAGAAGCCUUCAUAAAGCGGAUCAAAGAGGUCAAAUCUGGAUACCCUCAAGAGUUCAACGAGAAUCGAGAUGCAGAGGACUCGGAAGAGGAUGAAGUGGAGGACAGCAACAAUGAUGGAGGGUCACUGCAUUCAGAACGCACAGAUAAGGAGGAUGAGACCUGUGAAGGUGCUCAGCAGUCUCUAGCCGUGGCAGCUCAGGACCUCCAGUCUGUCUUCAAGGCCGGGCACCUGGAGAAACGCAGGAAGGAUCACAGCUUCUUUGGCACAGAGUGGCAGAAGAGAUGGUGCGCUUUGAGCAACCAGACAUUCUACUACUACGGCAGUGAGAAAGACAAGCAGCAGAAGGGCGAGUUUGCAAUUGAUGGCUACAGUGUCAAGAUGAAUAACACCCUGCGAAAAGAUUCCAAGAAAGAUUGCUGCUUUGAAAUUUCUUCCUCUGACAAGCGAGUAUAUCAGUUCUGUGCGUCAUCUCAGAAAGAGGCAGAGGAAUGGGUGGAGCAGAUAGAUUUUGUGUUGAGAGACAUGUCAGGGGUCAUUCCAUUGGACGAGGAGGAUCAAGAGACAUACGAUGACAUUGGCGCUGUCGAGGCGGCGCCUAUUGACGAUGACAUCUACGAAGAACUCCCAGAGGAGGACAUGUCCUCUCCUCCCUUGCCCACACCUCCAAAGCCCAAGGUGGAACCACCCACGCCACACAGCAAACCCACCCCACCCACUACAGCUGCAGUGAAUAAGAUCACAGACUACCAGAACUACUAUCAGGGGAUAUGGGACUGUACAGGAGAUCAACCAGAUGAACUGUCCUUCAGACGGGAGACGCCAUCUACAUCCUCAGCAAGGUCGGUCUGGGCUGUAGGAACCAACCCUCCUCAUCCUCACUCUCACCUCCAGACAGGGAUCAUCAGCAGUCCUUAGAGGUCUAGGAUGAUCUCCUUUUCACAGGCUUACGGCU